AUGAAUAAGGCUCCUCGUCAGAAACGGGCUGAAAUCCAGCGCUUAACUAGUAUCUCCAAUCUUCGGACAAAACAAUUAAGUGGUUCUGUUGGUAAACGUGGCCACGAAGAACCUGAUCGUAUAGAACACUUUGAUCUUGAACUUCGACCGAGUAAAUUACACGACCUUAAAGUUGGCGAAUUCAUCAGUGGAGGUGACAGGUAA